UUUUUUCUCGUUUGAAUUUAGUGGAAGAAAUUUGAAGAUUCAAAUGCCGGAGGAGGACUUGGUAGAACUUAAAUUCCGAUUGUAUGAUGGAUCGGAUAUCGGUCCAUUCCAAUAUUCACCUGCCUCAACCGUUGCUAUGCUCAAGGAAAGAAUCGUUGCUGAGUGGCCCAAAGACAAAAAGAUUGCACCUAAGGGAGCCAAUGACAUCAAGCUGAUAAAUGCCGGGAAAAUUUGGGAGAACAACAAGACUGUUGGUCAGUGUAGAGCACCUUUCGAUGAUCUCCCUAAAGUGGUCAUCACAAUGCAUGUUGUCGUGCAGCCCUCUAUCACAAAAGCUAAAACAGAAAAGAAGGCGGACGAGCCGCCACGGAAAAACUUCUGUUCGUGUUCCAUAUUGUAAAAAA